AAACCUCCACUUCUUUGUAACAGUAAGUAACUCCACUUCACUUUCUUAUUACCAUUUGAAGAACCAAACACAAAUUUGAAACUGGAGUAGUUCCAAUGGGUUGUGCAUCUUCAAAACUGUUUAAGAAAGAUCUCAAACGAGAUAUUAUUCACUUUGAAAAUGCCCAACAAGAUUAUCCCAACCAUGUUGUUUCUCUGACUUCAUCGACUUAUGGUGCUCUCAAUCUGGAUAAAGAUCCGCAGCCUCAACAAUGUGUGAAUGUGGUUCAGCCUAGGAAGUCUUUGUCGCGACAAGAGCCGGAGAUUAUUAAUGCUUGGGAGUUGAUGGAAGGGCUUGAAGAAGGGGCGCCUGUUGUGAUUCAACCCAAGAAGAGUAGUCCUAGACCCAGGGCUUUUCUUCGCGGGUUUGCUGAUUUGGAUGUGAAGAGUCCUUUGAAGUUUUUGAAUCAACUUGGUUCACCGAAGACGGGGAAGAGGUCUGUUGGGAAGGAGAAUAAGGGGCAAGUUAAUGGCGUUGCACGGUGGGAUUGUAGUCCUAAAAGGGUUUUGAAGCAGAGCAAUGUGUUGGAGAAUUCGAGGAAGAAUUCACCAAAUAUCAGGCUUCCGGUGAAAUGUGAUAUGACUAAAUUGGAUCUUGGGGGGGUUUCGUUUAGGAGGAGGAGUUUGAGUCCACUGUUUGAUCCAGAAAAAGUGGAUACUACUAAAGAUGGAGAGGAGAAGGUUAAGAAGAUGGUGACUGAAUCUGCCACAUCCUGGAAGGCCCGAAAUUUGGAAGACGCGGAGAGCAUUCUUCAAGUGUUUGAUAAAAUCUGCCCGCCUGGUGGUGAGAAUGCAGUGGUCAUUUACACGACCACGCUGAGAGGAAUUAGGAAGACAUUUGAGGAUUGCAACAUUGUUAGGUCUAUCAUUGAGUCGCAUCAUGUUCAGAUGUUUGAACGUGAUGUGUCAAUGGACUCUGGGUUUAGGGAGGAACUGAGAGGACUAAUGGGGACAAAGCAAGUGAAAGUUCCGGUUGUGUUUGUUAAAGGAAGACUGGUUGGUGGAGCUGAUGAGAUAUUGAAGUUGGAUGAGGAGGGGAAACUCGGAUUACUGCUUGAUAGGAUACCAAGGGCAGGAGUUGGUUGCCAAGGGUGCAGCGGUGUGAGGUUUGUGAUGUGUGUCAAGUGCAAUGGGAGUUGUAAGCUUUUCGAUGAAGAUGGGAGGAAGACCCUGAAGUGCGACGAGUGCAAUGAGAAUGGCUUGAUUCAGUGCCCCAUAUGUUGUUGAUCUAGAAGAUCAGUUUCCUGAUUUUUCAACUGGUUGUCACAUUGUUGAUUUUGUUCCUGCUUAUACUAGUCAAUAGUUCUCUUCUCGUGAAACUGAGGAUAAUUAAUUGAAAGUGAGAUUGAUAGAUCCCUGUGUGAGUGCUUUGGAUGUCACUUUGAUUCGUUUAUUUGCUGUUCUGAUUUGUUGUUUGAGCUGAAUAAACAGGUGUAAAUUGUCUGAGCUGUUUUUUAAGUUUGGAAGUGAAUAUUUGCUGAUAGUGAUAGAUUCAUUUGUUGCUUUGA